UAGUUUCGCCCCUGUGUGUAGCGACGAAAUGGUGAAAACAAACAGAGAUGCCUGAAGCUGGCAUAAGUUUAUAGUGAUCUCUUUAUAUCCUGCCGUUGUCAAUUACUGAGAUUAYMGAGUGUGAGAGAGUGAAACCAAUAAUAGCCUGAGUGAUCAGACUGCCCCCUGCUAUUCUCAGAGCUCAGCUAACUGGAUGGAGACAUUUGGCAGCGGUUAGCUUAUUAAAACACUUCGAAGUGAACAAAGCAGCGAUGAGCCGACAAGUUUUUAACGGGACGUCUUCAUCGCUGAACUUCUCCACAAGAAUUACAGGCAAUGGAUGUUCACACACGAAUCUAAGGGAGGAUGACUGGGACACGCUGCGUUUUGAGCUUACAAAGACGGAGGAUGAGAUWCAGACGUUGAGGCAAGUCCUUUUGGCAAAAGAGAAGUAUGCGGCAGACAUCAGGAGGCAGCUGGGGAUGAGUCCGCUCAGUAACGUGAAGCAGAAUCUCUCCAAAGGUUGGCAGGAAGUCCAGACCUCAGCUCCAUACCUCACAGCCUCCGCCACUCUGGAGGACAUCAGCAACUCCAGCGUGUGAGUCCAUARAAUCACGRUUUAAUCAUCCCCAGAAAUUUAUUUGCUUUUUAAAACAACUGGAUCUUUUCGGCAUUUAUUUCUGUGCAUGUUUCCUCAAGAGGGAUCACUUCUAAGAACCGUCUGAUGGGAUUUUGCGGGUCAAAUAGGAUUGGUGCCCUGAUAAUAGCCCCACAGCCUGACUUAGCAGAAGAGGCAGCGGCUUUACAAAGUCGCACCAUGACGAGCCUCAAGUGUUUGUAUUAAACAGAGGAGGAAGGAUCUGCUGCAGCCAGAUGGACAGCUGACGCACAUGAAGCUUAUUGUUGUUUACGAGUUGCUUUUGUAUCUAGCGGUGGGAUGUAGCGGAGUACAAGAACUUUGUUACUGUACUUAAAUACAAUUUUAAUAUAUCUACGCUUUACUUAAAGCUGGAGUAUGUAACUUUUAUAAAAGUUUUUUACAUAUUUGUUAAAACUAUCACCAGGUUAUGACGGUAUGAGGCAGAUAAUCUGUGAAGAAAUCAAGCUCCUUUUGAGUUUCUCAAAAAUCAGAGCCAGUAGGAGGACCUCAGUGCUGUCAACCAACCUUGUGAACGCGCUGCUAAAUGUGCUAAUGGYGGAGAAGCUACUUACCGUUAAAGGAAAACUGUUUAUCCAGACACCGGUGGCUAUGCUAACUAACCUUAGCAUUGAGAACAGCCUCUGCUGCACACGACACACACACAGACAUGAUUGACAGCGCUAAGAUCCGCCUCCUGGCUCUGAUUGGUUGUUUCUAGAUAGCACUGGGAGAAGGCAGAGGAGCGUCAGUAUGUUGUGAGACACAACAGUUUCAACAUGCAUGUCAAAAAAUAUACAUUAUAAAUGUUACAUACUGCCGUUUUAAGUAGAUUUAAUUGAGUUACUUUUGACUUUUACUCCACUUCAUUUUACAUUAAUUAUCUAUACUUUCAACUCCACUAUAUUUUUGUAAUUUGUUCACAGAAAUAUGUGGAGUUUCAUUCACGUCACAUUGCGUUAUUUUGAUUUAAAGUAAUUAAUGACUUAAUCGACUUAAUUGCUUAAAAAAAUGGGUCCAAUUUUGCAAACGGUGCCAGGAAAUUAAAAUAUUAGUCAUUACUGACCCAUUAAGGAUGAAUAUAGAGUAUUUUCUAACUGUGGAGUUGAUGGCAAACU